CUUCUACAGAUCCAUCCAGAUUCCUGUCUUGAGUGAUUCCUUCAAUUCCAAUUCAGCAAACAGAAAGAGUACACAAGGCCUAAACAGAGCCGACCACCAAAAUGACCUCCAUCACCUACCCCGUCCUCCCCAAAAACCUCUUGAUCAUCUCUCUCAAGAUGUACUUCAACCCCACCCGCACCAUCGAAUACCUACAGGGGCUGCUCGCCCCACAAAACGACAUCGUGCGGCCCGCAAACCGCACCAAGCUCCUCCUAGCUCUCAUCCCCGACUUCCUAACCAUCUACCCCUGCAACGAGAUCAUCCAGAAAUACAACGCCUCCCAGCCCCAAGACCCCUCCCAGCCCCCGCCCUUCCUGCUCGGCGCCCAGGACUGCUUCUGGGAACCCCAGGGCGCCUACACGGGCGAGGUCUCCCCGCAGGCUCUCCGCGCCAUGGGCGUCUCCAUCGUCGAGUUGGGCCAUGCUGAGCGUCGUGCUAUCUUCGGCGAGACGGACGAGCAGGCGGCGAAGAAGGCUGCCGCGGCGUGCGCACAGGGCAUGGUGCCGCUUGUAUGCAUUGGGGAGGUGACGGCUCCUGGGGCGGUCGCAUCUGCGGCUGUGGGGUUGGCGGUGGAGGAGUGUGCGGUGCAGGUGAGGGCUGUGCUGCGUGCGAUCCCGGAUGACGCUCCUGUCAUUUUUGCCUACGAACCUGUUUGGGCUAUCGGUCAGCCGAAGCCGGCUGGUGUGGAUCAUAUUGCUGCUGUUGUGGAGGGGAUUCAGGCAGUGGUGGGGCAGCGUAAAGGGGAUGUGCGGAUCUUGUACGGUGGUAGUGCGGGCCCUGGGUUGUGGGGUCCGGGCGGCUUGGGUAAGGCUGUUGAUGGGAUGUUCUUGGGUCGGUUUGCUCAUGAGGUGGAGGGCGUGCGGAAGGUGGUGCGGGAGGUUGAAGAGACGCUUUAAGCUUGGGAGACUUCGUAUAUAG